AUGUCAUCGUUUCUCUCCGAGUAUGGCUUGACAUCACAAGAAGGAAUUGCACUGAUGUGUCUGGCUGAGGCUCUUUUGCGAGUGCCCGACACCACCACAAUUGACACUCUGAUCAGCGACAAGAUUUCUGCAGCACAUUGGGGAAAGCAUCUUGGGCAUUCAAGCUCAUCCUUAGUCAACGCCUCAACGUGGACAUUGUUACUGACCGGCAAGAUUCUGAAAGAAGCAGAUGUCGGCGAUGUCGCAGACACACUUCGACGCAUCGUAAAAAGACUCGGAGAGCCCGUGGUCAGAGUGGUUGUCGCACAAGCAAUCCGAAGGAUUGCGGAUCAAUUCAUCCUUGGAACGACGAUCGAAUCUGCGACUGAGCGGGGCGAAGGACUUGUACGCAAAGGCUAUGGAUACUCUUAUGACAUGCUGGGUGAGUCGGCCCUGACAGCCGAUGAUGCAAGGCGUUACUGGUCCUCCUAUUUUCAGGCCAUUGAGUUCAUAGCAAGCAAAUGCAACUCCGACAAUUUCUGGGAAAAUCCUGGAAUUUCCGUCAAGCUGUCGGCACUUCACCCCCGAUAUCAGUCAACACAAAGAGAAUUUAUAUUAGAUGAGCUGGUUGACUCCGUUCUGUCGCUCGCACAGCUUGCGAAGAAAGCGAACAUGGGAUUCAACAUUGAUGCGGAAGAGGCAGACACGCUGGACCUGUCUUUGGAAGUCAUCAAGAGGACUCUAUCCAAUCCGUCCCUGAAAGGCUGGCAUGGAUUUGGGGCUGUUGUUCAGGCAUACAGUCCGAGCGCACGCUUUGUCAUCGACUGCCUAUAUGGUCUUGCCGAGAAGUUGAUCGUAGAAUCAUGCUGCGACUUGUAA